CAGAAAAUCCCUGAAACGGUUGGAGGGCCUGCUUCAAGGGCUGCUCUCUUUCUAAGCACGAAGGUGGUGACCAGCUUUGUAAUCGCGAGGUGGCUUCGUCGUCAGCCUAGCAGCAUCGCGCACUGCUUGAACCGCAGACCCGGGCACCGCCUCUUCUAGCCACAAUGGCGCGAUUGAGAAGUCCCGCUCAGUCGCCUCCCGCGACGUGUCUAAUCCUGCACAUGCUAAUGAACCAACGAUUACCGAUGGCGCCCAAGUAGACCCGCCUCUAAUCGGGGAGGGAUGGGGGUAUAUAAGCGACAUAUCACGAUCCAGUAGAACCAUCGACCAUCUCCUUCCCCAUCUCCCUCGCUCAACAACAUCGAUAUGUCCAAGUACACGCUUCAUACCUUCGGCGGGUCUGUGUGGGCGGCUGCACCGGGCCUUGCAGUACUUGAACUUGGCCUCGGCGACGCGGUCGAGCUCAAGACCGUCAACCUCGUCGAGGGCGAGAACUUCCGCCCUGAAUUCCUCGCCAAGAACCCACACGGCACCCUCCCCACUCUUGAGACACCCGGCAAGAAUUUGACAAGCACGGCGGAAGUUAUCAAGUUCUUCGUCGAGAACGCUCCCAACAAGGUCAAGGCCGGCAACACCGAGUUUAUCACGGAGAUCCACGAGGACAAGUACGACCCGAACUUCGCGUUCCUCUUGGCCCGUUCCGAUGCCGAGCUCGCAGCCAAAGCCGGCGGUUUCCCGGGCCUCUUCCUCGCCAACCGCCAGCGCGCCCUCGAGGAGCAGUCCGCCCGCCCCGAAGCCGCCCCCUACAAGACCUUCUACGAAGAGAAGAAGAAGGCGAACGGCGGUCUACUGGCAAUCUUCCAGGGCAAGGUCCCCGCGGAGGUCAAGGAGGGCUUUUUCAAGACCUCGCAGGCGCACUUUGAGAACGUAAAGAAGUACCUGUAUGAGGUAUUGCCGAAGCACCUCUCCUCCGCAAGCCCCUUCCUCGGCGGCGCCCAGCCCGGCGAGGACGACUUCCACCUCGGCGCGUGGCUCACGCGCAUCGCGGCGGUCAGCGGCGCGCAGAAGCCCGAGGAGGCCGCGGAGAAGCUCGCGGCCAACUUUGGCGCGCCUGUCCCGGAGAAGGUGCUGGCGUACUGGGACGCGUGGGUGGUGCGGCCGAGCUGGAAGGAGGUGUAUGAUGGGAAGUGUCAUUGAGGGAGGCUGGGAAGGGAGUGAACGAAGGAGAAUGCUUUGAGAAAGAGGAGAUAGAGAGAGAAGAGAGAAGGAGAAUGGAUACUAGAGGACAAUGUACUUUCAUGACGAACGAUGUGAGUGUAGGAUUUGAUUCCGAGCCCCAU